UGUUCCAGAAACAGCGGGAGCACGAGCAGAGCGCGCGCUCGCGGUGCACGCUUCGUUUUCGGCUCGUGGUUUGUUUGUCGUUAGUUUUGUUUUUGCGGGUUCAGUGAAACUCUCCGGACGAACAGAACCGCACAUCGCCCCGUGAACCGCGUCCGCCCCGCGCCCGUCUCCGCGUCUCCGCUCCGGCCGCGCGGGUUUUAUUUUUUUUAGUUUGCAGAUUUUCCGGCCUGCGCGCUCCGUCCCGCCGCCGCCGCCGCCAUGAGCUACGGCAGGCCUCCUCCCGACGUGGACGGCAUGACUUCCCUGAAAGUGGACAACCUGACGUACCGCACGUCCCCGGAGACGCUGCGCCGGGUGUUCGAGAAGUACGGCCGCGUGGGGGACGUGUACAUCCCGCGGGACCGCUACACGAAGGAGAGCCGCGGCUUCGCCUUCGUGCGCUUCCACGACAAACGCGACGCGGAGGACGCCAUGGACGCGAUGGACGGAGCGCUGCUGGACGGGCGGGAGCUCCGGGUGCAGAUGGCCCGCUACGGCAGACCCCCGGACGCUUACUACGGGGGAGGAGGCGGCGGAGGCGGCGGGAGGAGAGGGGGCGCGCCGCGGAGGUCCGGAGGCUACGGGCGCAGGAGCCGCAGCUCGUCUCGCAGUCCCAGACACCGGCGCCGCAGCAGGUCCAGAUCCCGCUCUAGAUCCCGCUCCAGAUCCCGCUCCAGGUCUUACUCUCGCUCGCGCUCCCGGUCGCCCCGGAACAAGACCAAGUCCAAGGCCUCGUCUCGCUCCAGGAGCCGCUCCAGAUCCAGAUCCAGAUCGAAGUCCCGGUCUAAAUCCCGGUCUAAAUCCCGGUCCAGGAGCCGCACGCCCUCCUCCAAACGCGGGUCCCGAUCCAAGUCCAAGAGUCCGGAGAAAACCACGGCCGAGAACGGAUCUGCAGAGUCUCCUUAGUCUCCAGACGGAUGCAGAGACGGACGUCCAGGCUGAAGCCGCUCGAGCCACAGAGCCACAGAGCCCCCCAUGUGUCUAAGGUUAUUAUGGUCUUCCACCUUCAGUUUGCUCCAUUAGUCUGUCAAAGGCAUGUCUCCCGCUUUGGCUUUUAUUUUUGAAAACGCCCCAUACUCCACAGUUCUACCGCCCAGUGCAACUUUACCCAUUGGACUAAUACGGUUUAGGUUCAGAGUGUGUGCAGAAGAUCACCUUUUACCUUUUUUAAACUGUCACACAUUGUAGAUCUGAAUGUAGAGAACAUGAAGAUCAAAUCAGAACGUUGGGGCCAGUGUUUUUCCUUCUAAAUGCAGAUGUUUGUUGAUGUUGCCUUUAGUCAUUUCAUUUGAUUAAGUCUUUCUUUUUUUAAUGGUUGGGAGCGGGAUUAUAAUAAAGUUAUAAACAAAAGAGAAAUAAACUGUUUCAGCAAAAGCCCGUGUGAACAAUACUUUCCAAAAACGUAUGUAUUUACGAAUGAGAACAUUGUCAUAAUAAAGGCCCGAAAUAUAAAAUUGAAGAACUGUUUUCCGUUUUAAGUCAUGUUUUUUUUUUUUUUUUUACAUAUUUUGGUUUAUUAUACCUUUUAAAACAUGUAAUUCUGUGAACACAAUGUAAAUAGGGCUUUUCUUUAGUUUCUUCUGACUUUGUACGUUUGUUUUUAACGGGUUCUAAUCCUGCUUGUGUUUGUUUGUGCACUAGGCGCAGUUUGUAGCAGUUUGUUGCUGGUUAGCUGUGUGCCAUUUGCUGCUGUGACUGCCUCCGGCUCGGGCCUAAACUUUCACUUUUGUACAAUAAAAAAAACAAAAAAAAACAACUCCAAAUCUGGUGUCGUAGGUAGACGAGGAACUCUCUUGAAUAAACUUGCCGUUUUGUCUAACAA